AUAUUUGCAGACAUCUUACAGCUAUUCACGGCUAACAAGUACAAUACUAUCAACUGCGCUCCCAGCGAGACCUUGUCAGCUGUCAACUUCUGUGAGCACUUGCUUUCGGGGCGCUGGAGCCAGGUUGGCAGUGAUGGCCGCGCUCAUAGGUAGCCCGCAGCUUAUAGACAUCGUGGACGAGGCGUGGGCGCGCGACACGCUCCCGCACGACAACAUUCAGCUGCCCGAGGGCUCCAUGAUGCCAGAGGAUGCAGACGAUGUGGUGGGGCAGGACUCCAAGCGCGACGUCAAGCGGAAGGAGAAGUGGACGGAGCUGGCCAUCCAGCCCAGCUGAGAGCGCUCUCAGCCCUUGAGGACUUCCUUGAAUGGACUCAACUUGAACUUGUCUUCCUGGCGUGCAUGGUUUGACACGAGUCUGGUGGUGUAGAUGGGGUGAUGCUCUGUCAUGCAUUAUGCCGUACCCAGUGAAGCGCGCAGGUGCAUUUGAGGCUUGCGUGUGUCUGAGGAGCGUCUUAUUGUUGCUUCUGAGUUGCGCGUGCACCUGCUACAAAGCUCGUCGCCCUUGUCUCAUUGAUAGCUGACCUGCCGCUAAUGGUUGGGGUGCCAGCACCCAGUGUUUGUUGCGACCCACGGGCGUAGGGUCACAAAGCCGUACAUUGCAUCAUGUAUGCUAGGACUGGUGCGCCACAGGUGUACCGGAGCUCGUCUGUGCAGGACGUUCGGCAGCGCUUUAGGCCCGUUUCAGAAGUGUUGGUAGUGGUUUGCCUAGCUUAACAUCACUGCUCUGCUGCUUGCUGGCUGCAGAGAGGGGCUGAGGGCUGUAACAUGACAGAGCACGCAGUCGGGGGGGCUAUACGUGUAUGGCAGGUUCGCUGAGGAUGGCCAGCACCCUGGCUCGGUGCUAUUAUGGUGGCUACGCGGUACAUGACGAGCCACACUUACAGUCGGCGCUUCUAGGAGAGGCUGGGCUGUGACGCACGCUGCGACACAAACGCGCGUACCUGUAAAUCACGAUGUAC